AAAACAAGUCUUAUAACAAUCAAUGUUGUAUAAGGAUAUGCAUAAUAUAAAGUUGGUAUCUUGGAGAUCAAUUUGCCACUUUUACAGUUCUCCAACCAUGAGUGUCUUUUAUCAAGAAGAGCGGUCUCAUCAUUCUAAGAGGUUCCUGUUUCUGACUUCAUUUCUCAAGGAAGCAUUUUCCCGUUGCCAUAGUUUCAAUGGACGGCUUUCAAUAUCGGGUCGUGAUAAUGAAUACUCAACGAGUGACAUCGAAGAUGAAUCCGAAGUAGUUGUUUCGGAAAUCCAAAGUCGAGCAAUAGAGAAGAUGAAGAAAAGACCAAGUCUAAUGGCGGAAAGCUUUUCAUGGGUGUUAUCUCCAUCGACGGAAGAGCUUUAUAUAAGCUCAAAGCAGGCCAAAAGAAGAGACGAUGAUAAUGAAGACGAUGAAUUCUUUCCUGUAGGGAGUUGUUUCUCACUGUGUUCGAGUGGUGCAAGCAGAGAAGUAUUUAUGUCUGCCAAGUCGAACUUUUUCUGCUGUUCAAGCUUAAACAAGGUAGAUUUCCCGGAGAUUUGGAAGUUCGAUUUGGAGGAUUUUAGAAGACGAUCAAUCAUUAGGGAAUUCCGUCAUUGUGAAGGGUGGUCAUUUGGGUUAUGUAGGAAGGCUGUGUUGCUCCCACCUUUGCCUAAAUCUCCUUCAGAUUCUUGGUCUUGGCGUAAAGGCACCAGAUUAGAUAAGACGCCGUAUAUUUAAGCUCAAAAUCUACCGCUACACCCUUCA